AUGAAGUUCGCCGCCGCGUACCUGCUGGCGUGCAUGGGCGCGGAACAAGCCGCCGCCGCCGCCGCCACCGCCACCGAGGAGGGGGCCGCGGCCGUGCUCCCGGCCCCGGUGCCCGAACUCCCGCCGACCAAGGACGACGUGCGCCGCAUCCUGGGCUCCGUCGGCGCCGAGGUGGAGGAGGACCGCCUCGACCUGCUCUUCGCGCUCAUGGACGGCAAGGACGUCGCCGAGCUCAUCGCCGCGGGCAGGGAGCAGCUCGCCUACGCGCCCUCUGGAGGCGCCGCCAUGGUCGCCGCUCCUGCCGCCGGCGCCGCCGCCGAGGCCGAGGAGGAGGACAAGAAGGAGGAGGCCAAGAAGGAGGAGGAAGAGGAGGAGGAUGACGACGCCCUCUUCAACCUCUUCGACUGA